CACUUGGUCCAAGGCCACGCCCCCUGGUGGAACUCCCCAAACUCAGCCAACCAGCGUCCUCGUCAGGGGCGUGGCCUCGGAAUCGAGCUGCCCCUAGAGAACCUCCGUCGCUGGCUUUCUCAGCUAGGACAGUCCCUUUGUCUUUCCUCUUCUGAGGGCGGCUCCUUGAGGCUGAAAUUUCUGUCUCUUGAAACCAAAACUCAGAGCCAGCUUAUAGGUCGGUUCCUCCACGAACUUGCCGCCCCUCCUCGGUCGCGGUGGUACGGCCUAGAAGGUAUCAAGGGGAGGGCGGUUCCCAGAAGCACCACCCCUGACUGGGCUGAAUUGGUACGGCCCGGAGGAUACCAAGGGGACGACCGUGUGCCAUUAUCCAGAAGCACCUGCCCCGCUGGCCGAGAUGGUAUGGCCCGGAAGGUGCCAAGAGAACAACCGCGAGGGGGCGCCAUCGCCCAGCAGCACCCCAGCCUGGGCCGAGGUGCUACAACCCGGAGGGGACCAAGACAGCGGGGGCCGCCAUCGCCCAGUUGCACCACCCUCGCCUGGGCCACGCGUUACGGCCCGGAGGGUACCAAGGCCGCGCGCCGCCAUCGCCCAGCAGCACCACCUCCACCUGGGCUGAUGAGUGGCCCGCCUGGACCCUGUCCUGCAGAGGCUCUGGACAGGAGCGCAGUGGAGUCAACCCCCGCCUCAUAGGCUGCUGGCUCCAAGCUGAGUGGAAGAGGCUACAUUACAAUUCUUGUCAUUUGUGCUAUAAGCCCAGAGGGCGGUAAUUCAGACCUGUGUCACCAGGGACCUGGAGGUGGGGGGCCCCACAAGCCCUGCGCUCAGCCUGGUCCACCCCAUCUCCAGGCCACCCUGGGUGAGGUCAGUUUUCGUUAUCAGUUUGGGCUGCUGACCUUUGGCUUUUCACAGGAUGAGAACCGCCUCUCAUGAAGGUGCCUUGAGUCACAGAGACUGAGAAAGAAGACGGCGGUCAGAGCCAGGGAGGGCAGCUGGGAUCCCAGUGGGCCUGCCUGAGCUGGACCUGCUGGGUUCUGGGCCACUGCCCCCGGCCUCCACAUGCGAUGCCAGUACAGCUGCUGAGGGGCUUCACUGUACCUGGGAGCAGGCCUUCUGCACAGGACUGCCGCUCUGGCCAGUGACCAGCGGGCACCCGACUCCUCCCUCUCGGCUGGUCCGCUUCAGCACCUACAGGCUGUGUCCAGAGGCAGGAUCCUGGUCAGUGUGGUCCCUGCUGUCUGCUGCCUACCCCUUCGCGUUCCUUGUGUGCUGCUGGGGGUCCUUGGAGCGCCCACGUGCAGGCCCGCCUGAGUCGAGCUCCCUGGGAGCCUGAUACCCUGGCUCCAGCCCUCGCCCUGCCUGGUGUCACCAUGGCUGCCACUUCUGUCCUUGGGUCCCUGACCCAAGCCUUCUGCCACCCCUGAGAUGUCGGCGUCCGCGAAACCCCCAGCCCUGGUGGAGCUGGACCCGGGCCCUGGCGAGAAGCCUGGGGGACGGCCGCUCCUGGCCUGGGCCCCCGUGUUCAGCCACCGGAGUGAGAAGAUCGCAUUCGGCCAGAGCGAUGGCAGCCCUGAGGAGCAGGUGCUCACGGUCACCGUCACGGAGACUACCGUCAUCGAGGCAGACCUGGGCGUGUGGGGCGCCCGCGCCCUGACCUACCUCACGCUCUGGUUCUUCUUUAGCUUCUGCACCCUGUUUCUCAACAAGUACAUCCUGUCCCUGCUGGAAGGGGAACCCAGCAUGCUAGGGGCUGUGCAGAUGCUCUCAACCACGCUUAUCGGCUGUGUUAAAAUAUUUGUUCCCUGCUGCUUGUAUCAGCACAAAACUCGGCUUUCUUACCCACCCAAUUUCAUCAUGACCAUGCUGUUCGUAGGUCUGAUGAGGUUUGCAACAGUGGUGUUGGGUCUAGUCAGCCUGAAAAAUGUGGCGGUGUCCUUUGCUGAGACCGUGAAGAGCUCGGCUCCCAUCUUCACUGUGAUCCUGUCACGGACGGUCCUGGGGGAGCACACUGGGCUACUGGUCAACCUUUCCCUCAUCCCUGUCAUGGGUGGCCUGGCACUGUGCACGGCCACCGAGAUGAGCUUCAACUUCCUGGGGUUCUCAGCCGCCUUGUCCACCAACAUCAUGGACUGUUUGCAGAACGUUUUCUCCAAAAAACUCCUCAGUGGGGACAAAUAUAGAUUCUCGGCUGCGGAGCUGCAGUUCUACACUAGCACAGCGGCCGUGGCUAUGCUCAUCCCAGCCUGGAUCUUCUUCAUGGACCUGCCGGUGAUCGGGAGGAGUGGGAGGAGCUUCCGCUACAGCCAGGACGUGGUGCUGCUGCUGCUGGCGGACGGCGUGCUGUUCCACCUGCAGAGCGUCACGGCCUACGCACUCAUGGGGAGGAUCUCCCCUGUGACCUUCAGCGUUGCCAGCACCGUAAAGCAUGCCCUGUCCAUCUGGCUCAGCGUCAUCGUUUUCGGUAACAAAGUCACCAGCCUGUCAGCUGUGGGCACCGUGCUGGUCACAGCUGGCGUCCUGCUCUACAAUAAGGCCAAGCAACAGCAGCGCGAGGCCAUGCAGAGCCUGGCCUCGGCCACCACCCAGCCCCCGGAUGGCAGCUCUGAGCCACUGCUCCCCCAGGACCCCCGGCCACACCACUGAGCCCCGAAGCCAUGGGGGCACCACACCACCCGCUCUUCGCUUCUUCGCUGACGGGGGACCCCCUUUGCCUCUCCCUCCCCGUGGACAGCGGGUGUGGGACCACCUGGCUCCAUGGGUCAUAGUCAUUGUGGGAGGCAAGGUGGGCAGCCUUUUCUGCUUUUUUCUGGGGCUGUGAGUCAGAACUGGCAGGAACUUGAAUUGGGUUGGAGAACACAGCUGCCACUGAGCCAUGGCCGAGCGCCCUGACAACCUCCUCCCGGCAGCCUCCGCACCCCAGCAGCCAGGCCAGGCCCUAACUCCUCUGUGAGUGAUGACCACUUGGGACAGCUGUGAAGCUGGAGCUGUGUCCAGGUGCCAGCAGGCACCCCCUCAUUUGUACAUUCCCAGUGUAGGGAACCGGCUCCUGCAUGCCAGCCAUCAGCGGUUGCUGGAGUCCACCCUGCUCCUUGGCCGCUGGGCGCUCUGCUGGGCUCGGCCAGGCUGAGGCCCCCAGGGCCAGGGCACAGAGGCCACUGCAGUGGGCAGAGAGUGGCACAGUACAGAUAGGGUGAGAACCUGGGGUUUCCUGCUCCUGAGAGCAGGGUGUCCAUCUCCUCUACCCAAGGCAGGGCUGUCACAUCAGUACCACUUAGGGAAGGCGGGCUGCCCCUCCCCGCAUCUGCUAUGCUGAGCCUCCCACCUCCAGAGGGUCCUGUCCCUUGUGGGCAGCCAGGUUGCCCCUCCGAGACCCAGAUGUGGUUUCUGGCCUGAAAGCUGCAGGUAGAUGGCCACAAGGCAGGGCGGGCCUGUGUCCCUUCUGUUCCCAUACUCGUAGGUUAGAGGCAGGCUCUUCUAAGGGGCUCCAGGAUCCCCUGUUUCCACCCAGCCAGUCUGGAGCCUCCUGGUCUCAUUGACAAGGGUGUUAACGAUUUCCCCCUCAUGAAUGAGCAGGACGAAUGUGGAGUGUUUACACUUUUGUUAUGCUGCAUUUUAAAUGACAGUGUAGGUUUUAAAAGGAAACAGAGGCACAGAUGGCUUCUGGAAUGCAUGGAGUGUGCCGGGUAAACCAGAGUCAGACCCAGCCCGGCCCUCCUCCCCCAGGGCAGACAGACAGACAGACAGGUGUUUGAGGCUCCACCUCUCUCUUUACUCCUCGCCCCACAUCCUGUUGGAACUUCUGGUCAGGGUGCAGCCCCUCUUCCACCUACCAGACUCGAGCUCUGGGACUUGUCAGGCACAGCCCAACUCAAGGGCCGUGGGCUGGCCACCUGCCCAUCUCUAGCCGGCCUGCGGGACGGAGCGACCCGAGGGCACAAGUGGUCCACGAGUCUUGGGAACAGUCCCUGCUGUCCAGGCCCCGGCACCUUAAUUGCUUCUCUGGUUUUCUGGUUGGCUUCUCAACUGGAAAAUAUAAACCAGCCCUUCCUGGAGAGCAAGUCUCUUGGAAACAAAGAGCAAUAAGUGCGUCUCAUUAAGUUCUGCUGACUUUGAAAGUCUGUUGUGAUGAGGGAUUAAAAAUGGGGCCUUUUAACUACAACCUUUUAUGAAGCUGACCUCCUUGCUCAGAGGUCGGCAGGUCACACGCAGCUUCCCUGUGCAGGGGUAGCUGGUGUCUUUCCCAGGUUUUCCCCCUUUCCUCUUUUUCUGUUUACCCCUAAACAAAGCUAAAGAGGACUGGGGCAGUGGUUGGGGCGGCACAUUGCUCUGUGAGGACCAGAGGGAAAGCACCACUUCCGGGGGGCUCUAGCCUCUGACCUCAGACUGGGGCCACAACACCUGCAGCUGCGGGCGAGACAUGAAGAAGGGGAGCGUGUGUGUCACCAGGUGCAGACUGUCAUCUGAGAGUGAUCAGGUACCAGCUGCUUGUGUCUGAGUGUUGUUAGGGGCCUGUUUUGAUUUUCCAGAUCUGGGGACCAGAAAGAUUUUCCUAAAUUAUUAGUAAAUGAGGCAGUUUCUAGCAAAGCUGCUUCUGGGGCAUCCCCCAUCCCUCAUCCCCAGCAGGGAAUCCAGGGCCUGGCGCCCACGGGACACAUGCUAUGGCCACAUUCCGUCCAUUGACUCUGCCCCAAGUCAUCCACAUGGUGGGCGUUUCUGGGAGGAGAGUCAAACCCCACAGCCUGCGUGGGCGUUUGCUUAAUAACUGUACAGACAUGUUUUUUAAUUAACUUUGCCUAGUAGUUUUCUAGUAUGUUCCUUUCACUGAACCGUCGCAGGCCAGCUUGUACCAACGCUAAGACUAGGUCCAUUUCCUCUGGGUCCAUGGUCGUUGUCCAUGUCUUUGUAAACAAACUCAUGAACCAGGCUUCCGACUCUGGUCAUCUGCUUGCUUGCAUCAAUACUUAGAGAUCUCUGGCUUUCAAGGAAAUUUCCACUGUUGAGUGGCAUGAAAGGCUUUUUUUUUAAAAAAAAAAAAGAAUUCUGAUAGUCAUAACUUCCUGCAUAUUAGCAUUAAAAUCAUCGCCUUGGAAAGCUGAGAAUACUCUUGCAUAAUCCAAAAUGUGUCUUUAAUUUGUAAAUUGCACAAUAAAAAAGUGCUGCACGAAGAGUAAGCCACGUGGAACCGCGCUAUCCACAGGCCCUUAAAAUACUUGACCCAAACUGAGGGACUUUGCCUCCCGUGUGGCACUGACUAUCCUGUGGAUGGUCAUUUAUAGACAGAUCAGCAGAGACCACAGAAACACAACAUGACUUUCUACAUCUGUCCUGGGGAUGUGCUUCCUGAGGCCUGGAAGUGUUUUCACUAUUUACCUAGGUUGGAAAAAUUAAACAAGGAUGCUAUUACAGGUAGAAACCCUCUUCUGUUUGCCUGUGACCAAUGUUGUAGUAAGGGCUCUGUUCUUUUCCAGAAUACGUUCAUGCCCUGGUUGGGACCUCUUCAUUUUCCUAGCUUAUAAUAAGAAUGUUCCUACUUCCCUGAUGAGUUGGCCUGUUUCUCUCUCCUGAAGAGCAAAGAGCAACCAGGUGGCUGUGCCAACCAUCACUUGGCUUGCUCACCCUGAUGCUCUGGGUAUAAAACCUUCCAGUUUUCUCUCUCUGUAGUAUUUCCUCCUCUUCUCCGGAGGGCUCGGAUGCUGCCAUUGCAUCCUUGCCUAGAUGUCCAGACUGACUUGGAAAUUGUUCUAAUUGGCAAAGUCUUUUUUUUCUUGCUUUUCACUUGAGGGAAACUGGCAUUCAGUUGAUGUGCCAUUUCUAGACUGUAGAUGUGUGAGUUGAGUCUGAACCCACCCAGGGAGUAUUGUGGACCCAUCAUUGCAGAGGGUCACAGUGAGGGUGACUUUCCCAUACUGAAAAACUUGAAAAUUAUAUGAAUAAAUUGUCUAUAUCAGAACCAAAUUAUACUUGCUUUACACCAAAAAAAACAAACAAACAAAAAAAAAAAACUGUGGAGAACUAAAAGUACAUUAUUCAAAAUUUUAGUGUUUUUUAUUUCACCUAUUCCAGUAUUUAUGCAAUUAGAUCAAUUUUUCCUAGAAAAAUGGUGGUUAUAUAAUUUAGUGAGUCACUGUGUAUUCUGCUAUACAUCAAUGCUGUAUAAUUAAUCCUGUGGAUGCCUACUGGUUACUUUGUCCAAAUUAAGCUACCAUGGUAGCAACUAUCUAGGACUCUUGUUCUACAAAAGUAAAAUAAAUGUUCAAUGUGUA